AUGUCUUUCGUUAUAACACCACUCCAAAUGUUUAAAACUAUUUCGAAUAGUUCUUUCCCGUUUCAUAAAUCUACAAAACUAAACCAAAAAAACUCACCGCCAAGUCAACAAUCCACUAACAAUUUAACACAAAAUGUCACUUCACCUUCUACUUCUAAAAUUGCUUCUAAAAUUAAAUUCGUAAAAAAUUUAGAGUUGCCACGUAAAAGAUACAACAAUAUUAUCGCGUUUGGGGAUUCAUUCACAGAUGUAGGUAAUGUCUAUAAUUUAUCAAACAAUAUCUGGCCAUCAAAAACCAAUUAUACCGGUCGUUUUUGUAACGGAAAACUUUGGGUUGAAUAUCUUGCCGACUGGCUUAAUGUUGAAUUAUUGAAUUAUGCUUUUGGAGGUGCUACUGCCGAUUGUAACUUUGUUCAAGGUUCAACAGGAACGAAAAAUCAUAAAUUUAAUGUACCUGGGAUUAAGCAGCAAAUCGAAAAAUUUAUUGCUGCUAAUACUAAAUCUGAACAAUCCAAUACCGAAAACUCUAAAUUACAAAAAUUCUUCAAUAAAAAAGUAAAUUCUAAAAUAAUGAAAAAACUUUUAAAAAAGAAUGAUUCGAAAAAAUUAGAUAAUAAAAAAGAUUUUAGUAAAACUUUAUUUACUAUAUGGGAUACAGGUAACGAUUACUACUUCUCCGACAUGUCUGCACAGCCGCUUGACGUAGUCAAACACUUAAUCGACGCACUCCAUCUUCUUGUAAAAUCUAUUCCUACUAUAUCGACAUUGUUAGUACCCAACCUCCCAGAUCUAUCUCGAGUUCCUGCUUUUAAAACAAUGGACCCAAUUGAAAAAGAAAAAAUUUCAAAAAUGGUUGGAUUACAUAAUAAAUAUUUGCUUGAACAUUUAAUAAAGUUCAAUCGGGAAACCAAUGUAAAAAUCAUAUAUUUAAGGUGCGACAAAUUUUUCGAUGUAUUACAAACCGAAGUUGGGAUGAACGGGUUCGGAAUCAUAAAUUACUCAUUAGAAAUUGUAAUUCAAUCUGAAUCUUCGAAAUCCGCCGUGAAUGAACAACUUAAUAAUGAUGAUUCAUAUUUUUAUUGGGAUGAUUACCAUUUUUCUACUAAAGUACAUAAAUUCAUGGCAAAUAUUUGUUUUGAAACUUUGGAAAAUUCAAAUCCCCUUCUUUCAACUAAUAAAAGGGAUAGUUUUUUGGGACGAAUGUUUGGAAUG